UGUUUUUGUUUUUGUUUUCAGAAGGUGUUUUUGUUUUUGUUGUAAUGGCAAACCUCCUGUUUCGGUUGGUUGGGUGAUUGAACGAAAAUAUUGUUGUGAGUUGUUUUCUGCCCUCCCCACCCUCUAGUGACACGAUCUUGGGUCCUGCAUAAUUCACGCUCAGACGAGACCAUUAAUUAACCAACCAAACAUAAAUGGCCAAACCCUCAAAUCCGAUCUUCUUUUCCUAUAAUUUACUUCCUACAAUCCAUAACCUUCCUUCCCCUUCUUCAUAUACACCCAUCCCUAACCCAUAAUUCCCAGAUUUUCAUUUCUUUUUUCCUAAUUUUCUGGUGGAAGAAGAGCCUCUUUUUCUCAUGAGAUGAUUUGCACAAGGGUCUUCUGAACUAAUUCCUAGAUAUUGAUGCAUGGCAACACGAGCAAAAGAUCAGCAUGGUCCCGGGAAGGAGAAGAGGGGAACAUCUCCUUCAUAUCCGCGGCACACUGAUACCGCCACAAACAGUAGAAGAAGCCCCAGUGCACCUUCCCCAAGCCGCCCUCCUGAUCAAAAACACGCGCCUUUAACAACUACAUCCGAGAAACGUAUACCAAACUACUUGAAGCCUACUGUGAGCUCAGCUCCUAACCCUUCUACUCAAGGCAAGACACAAACCACCUCCAACAACACUGCCCAGAAACCUGCUCUCAACAGAAGAAGGUCCUUUGACAAGCCUCCGUCACCUAACUCUGGUUUGCAGAAAUCUCACACCAUGGUUCAUCCCAAGGACAAAACUGUGGUCCGGUCCUCAUCUAACAUUGUGCCAAAAACAAGCUCCUCUGUGUCAAAACCCCACCAGGAUAGGUUUUUGAAAGCACAUAGGGAUGCGGGGAAAUCUCAUGCGUUAUCUUCUGUCAAUAAGAAGACGACCGCUGUCAAGAAGCAAAAUGUCGAUGCUACUGCUAGCGCUGCUACUCUGCCAACCAAAGCUAGUAGUUUGCCAGAUUUAACAGCAGACACUGCUCCACUGGUUGAAUGUCAUAAAGAGGAACAAGAAUCAUCUGUCACUGAUGUCGAAGAAGAGAGAGAACUACAGGCUGAGGAGAGCAAAAGUGAAUUGCCACCUCAUGUUCCGAUACUGGAAGAAGAUCAAAAGGAGGAUAUAAAGGCCGACACUGGAGGAAGUUCACAAGUCAGGGCAGCUGAAACGGUGAAAAAUCAAAACCAGGAAAUUAAGACAUUUGAGCCUUCAAAUGUUUUAGAAAAUCAAAAUGAAUCUCUGGAUGUCCACGUGGAAGGAGCUGAAGAUGGCGAAGAAAUUGUUGAAGAAACCAGAAAAGAUGAAAGUCAUGAGAGUCUCCGAGAAGAGAGAGUUGAUGGUGAUGACAAGGAAGGAGAAGAGAGCGCAACUGAAAAUUCCAAAGACAAGUCCUUGGACAAGAAGGAGGAGGUUGGUGAAGGAAGCCAAACGGAGUGCAAAGAAAGAGAGAAGGUGGUAGAUACUGUGACAGAAACAAAGACACAGAUGGAAAAUACAGCAGGGAAGCAGCAACAGCAGCGGCAAGGGAAGAAGGAGACUCAGGCGUACAACGAUGUGAUAGAGGAGACAGCCAGUAAGCUUCGAGAGAAGAGGAAGAACAAGGUGAAAGCUCUGGUUGGAGCCUUUGAAACUGUCAUAUCCUUGCAAGAGCCAGAGGCUUGAUAUGCAAUGGAGGUGAGAUCAGCUUAUUCUGGACAAUUCGCUUGACCGUAAAUAUCAUCAUUAUGACAUCUAAAAUGUGCUUACAGGGUAUGAAGACAAUAAAAUUGGAGUUGAUGGCAGCUAUUUUGAAGGAGAUGCUUCUUUACAUAUCAUUAUCAUGAAGUGGGAUGAUGCCGGCGCCAUUGUGCUUUUCACUUUCUGUAACAGAUUUAUUUGUAGUGAACAUUUUCAACACUUCAAGUGUAAUUAUAUGAUACUUUUAGAUAAUUGUUUGCGUCUUAGUUCUGAAAAUCAAUACAUAGUAAUUGUUUUUGCCCUUAUUAUAUAGUAGAUGACGGGAAAUUUGAAUUUCAGUAAA